UGUCCGUGGUGGUUGUCAGUGUCAGCAAGACUCGCCUCCGCUCCCAGCAGUGAACAAGUCUGACCAAUGAUACAGCGCAAUGACGUUUAUCAGGUGAACACAUCUCAUUAUGCCUUAUUUGACCAGUUUUGGCAAAGAGGAAUAACCGCCUACGAGUGAAGGAACGGUGACUACAGUGUGCCAACAUUUUGAAGCCAGCAGGCUUACCCAGGAAGAAGGAACCAAAAAGUGUAAUGGCCAUGUCUGGAGCUCAUGGAGGGGACUCGGGACCUGGUCUGUGUGGUGUGUCUGUAUUCUGCUGCUUGACCUUGGCCUGCUCAUAUGUGGGCAGCUUAUACGUGUGGAAAAGUGAGCUUCCCAGGGAUCACCCAGCGGUUAUAAAGAAGAGAUUCACCAGUGUAUUAAUUGUGUCCUUGCUUUCUCCUCUUUUCCUGUCUUUGUGGAAAGAAAUGACAGGUGUCAAGACAGAUGCACCCCUUCUUUCCCUCAUGGGUUUCCGCAUAGAGGGAAUGAUUACAGCAGCCAUAUUGCCCUUACUACUAACUAUGGUAUUAUUUCUUGGCCCACUUGUUCAGCUUUCCCUUGAUUGCCCUUGGGAUUUCCUUGAUGGUCUAAAAGUAGGUUUUGAUCCAAGAUUCUGGAUGCUUUGCGGGACAGAUAUGCGCUGGCUGCGCAACCAAGUGAUCGCCCCAUUAACAGAAGAGUUGGUGUUUAGGGCAUGCAUGCUUCCUAUGUUAGUUCCAUGUACUGGUCCGGGGCCUGCAAUUUUUACAUGCCCUCUCUUCUUUGGUAUUGCACAUUUUCAUCAUGUCAUUGAACAGCUUAGAUUUCGUCAGGCAACAGUCCUAAGUAUCUUUCUUUCUGCUGUUUUUCAGUUUUCAUAUACUGCAGUGUUUGGGGCCUAUACAGCAUUUAUCUUUAUGAGAACAGGUCACCUUAUAGGUCCUGUUCUCUGCCAUUCUUUCUGCAAUUACAUUGGUUUUCCAGCUAUAUUUGGAGCAUUAGAACACCCUCAACGUUUUACAAUUAUUCUUUUCUAUUUUCUCGGCGUAGUGCUAUUCAUACUGCUGCUAUAUCCUAUGACUGAGCCUACAUUGUAUGGAGACAUACCCAUCUGUAAAUUGCUGGAUGUACAAUCCACAGAAUACAGAUCCCUUUGCUCUUGACAGCACCAGCAAAAUGAUUGUUGCCUCAUCUAAAAAAAAUGUUCAUCAUCCAAUCUACCAGAUUUGCUGCAAACUGCUAUUGUGAGUCCAAAAGAGUUCACGUUCCUCUCUGGACCAUUGAAUCUUCACCUUUCACAAUAAGAGAAGAAUGACUUGGGCUUGCUGAACAUAUUUAAGAUCAGUAUCCUCGUCAAUGUAAAUAAGAGCAUUUUUUCUGGUCAGUAUCUUGAGAGAGAUCAUUUAUAACAUGGUACUUUUACUAAAACUCUUCUAGGUGGUUGGUUCUCAUAUUGAGCUUUCACAUUAAGCUGUGUUUUAAAUACUAUUGUUCUUUUGGCACCAAGUUGAAUAUAUUUUUGGAUGCAAAAAAAAACUCCAUAGUUGUAUAUUUUUCUAUUCUUGGUGUGGACCCAAAAUUAAAUUAUUUUCAUCCUAGCGGGAAAUAGUGAAUAUUUUAUUGCAUAGCUUGAAAUACCUGAAUUGUAUUGGAGUCCAUUAUAACUGCCAUUCAGGUUUUCAUUUUGUAGCCACGGGAUGAAUUGCUAUUUUGAGUAUUUUGGAAGAAUAUUUAUAUUGAGAGUAUAGAUGUAAAAAUACUAUAACUUUUAUGCAAGGCAGUCAAGCUGUUAUCCUAUAUGGGUCGCCAAGGAGGAAAUAAUGCUGCUUUUCUUGGGAGGAUAAUGUUUAGUUUUUUUUUUAUCACCUUGUUAAUGUUUUGGGAAUGUUAUUGUUGAAAAUCAUUUUUUAAUCCUACAACUGACCCCCUCUGAAGCGAAAUGAUCUGAUUUCACAGGCAUUGGUGAGAAAUAUGGCCCUUUGUAAUCUACUUUCUCAUAAUAUAGUCAGCCAGCUGUUUAUUCCAAUCACCGUCCAUCUGAAUGGCCCACAUGUAGCAGUCAUCUCUUAUUUGGAUUAACUGACAAUGCAUCCAUCUUUGGUUUCUAUGCUGGGACAUGUGACUACUCAUAUAGAUUUAACUUACAUAAUGUAAUUGUUGUGAAUAUUUUAUUCUCCUAUUUUGAAAUGAAGGGAAAUUGCAGCUAAAA